AUGCUUGAUACCAGAGAAGGCGAGCGGGCAGUGCAUCGUUUAGUCAGAGCACGUCAUCGCUCAACGUUGGAUAUGGAGCGCACCAGAUCGUCAGGAGCUGAUGGAGCCGUUCUGCGCCGCUCUGGUCAGAUCCUGGAGAGGUGGCGAGGUACUACAAUCACUUGUGCAACGAAGAGUUCUGUCAUCCUCCCAUCCCAACCGUUCCCAGCGUCGAGGGUCCUGUUCUACCAAUUACUGCCGUCGGUCAGUGCUGCCCUCGCAAAAAUGAAGUCGAACAAGGCAACCGGUCCUGAUGACAUACCUGUUGAUAUCUGGCUGCUAGGAGAUCGAGGGUCCAUGUGGCUCGCAACUCUAUUUAACAAGAUCGUUGCAGAAGGACGGACUCCAGACGUUUGGCAAACUUCCGUGACCGUGCCUGUCUGGAAAGGAAGGAGACAUGCGACUGCACCUCGUACAGGCCUAUACGACUGCUCUGCCAUACGAUGA